AUGUCACUCAAACAACUAUUGAAAUACGUUGCCAUCUGUCUGUGUUUGUUAUUGCUAACGAAACUUGUUGCAUCAUCACAAGUAUUUUCAUGGGGAAAGAAUAACUUUGGAGAAGCUGGUCAAAGAGCAACUGCACUGAAAGAAUCAACAUUGUAUCCUCUUUAUAAUUCCUAUUUAACCAGGAUGUUUCAAACGAAUCCAGAGGAAUCCUAUCAGAAAGCCUUCGGAUCAACGAGUGGAGUAACUCUUGAUCUUCCUCACAUUAUCAAUGGAUACUUUUACAAUUAUUAUGUUGUUAAUUUUUACAAUAACGUAACGAAUUCUUUUCUUGGACAACACAUUUUCACAUGUGGAAAUAAUCAGAAUGGAGUUUCUGGAAUUCAUGAGCAAGCUCCACCUUUUAUGAGCUCGGAAUUACAAUCAAUUUAUGUUUACAGAACUGAUCAGAGAGUUUACAAUCCAAUGACCUCAAAAAACAUUUCACACAUUCAGUGUGCCAUCUCUUGUUUGGCUUGUUUGAGUGAUGGUAGUGUUUAUUGGAAGAAUGGAACUAGUAAGGAGUGGAGUUUGGUAACUCUUCCAUCAAAUGAGCUCGAUCCAAGUGAUUACAAAUGUAAGAUGGUUGCAGUGGCUGGAGAUCUCAAAAAAGGAGAGACAAUGUUUGUUCUCACCACAGGUGGAUUUGUUCAUUCGUGGGGAUAUUACAAUUAUGGAACUAGAGGUUAUGGAGAUGAUUCACUCAUCACAUGGACUCCUCAAAUUAUUGCAUCCAUUAAGAAUGUUACAUAUAUUAAUGGUUUGGCAGAUUAUGUCAUGUUGACCUAUCUUGCCAGUAAAACAUCAGUGACAUUUGUAGAUACUGAUGGUAAAAUGUACAUGAUGGGCAUGAAUUCUAAUGGAUUUGGAUCAGGAAUUGAUGAUGCUCCAUAUUCAACUCCAGUUCAAGUUCCAAUACCAGCCAUUGAUGGAAAAGUGAUCAAGACAUGUUAUGGAAAUCAGCAUGUUUUGGUACUGACAGAUCAACAUAGAGUUUAUGGAUUUGGAGGAAAUGGUUAUGGGCAAGUGGAUCCAACUUCAGUUUAUACAGUUACUGCUCCACUUAAUUUGACCUAUUUAUUUACUAAUCCAAUAGUGGAUUGUUCAUGUUCUAGAUAUGCCUCUAUGUGUAUAGAUGAUCAGAAUAAUGUCUAUUCAUGGGGAUAUUCAGAGGAAAAGGGAACAGAAAAUAGUGGAUUUCAAACUAUUUCAGGAGGGUUUACUGUUUUGAAAGCUUCUUUGUUAACCAAUAAUGGAUACAUUAUUGCAAGUGAUGGAUGGUACUAUUUUGGAGCUAACAAUCUUGGCCAAUCAUGUAUUGGAGAUCCUAAGAUAGUUCAAAAACCAACAAAGAUAACAGCUGCAGCAAUUUUAGGAAAUAAUCCUCAAAUUAAGGCAGGUUAUGGAUGUACACUUCUAUUGGACACUCAAUAUCCAACAUUUAACAACAAAUUAUGGGGUAAUUGUACCAAUGGUAUGGAUCUGUCACAAAAAGCAUUGUUUAUUCCUGUAUUUGAUGUGACAUCAAUAGAUUCAUCUGUUUUCUUGAAUCAAAAUUUCACUGAUUUUGCCCUUACAGAUUCUCAUGUAUUGAUUAUGGACAGAAUUAGUGGACAAGGGUACUCUUAUGGAGCUGGAUAUAAUUAUCAAUUGGGAGAUGGUGGUACUUCUACUUCGACAAGUCUUAUUAAUUUGAAUCUUUAUGGAGAUCUUCCAUAUCCAAUCAAGUCUGUAGCUGCAGGUUAUGAUCAUUCAUUGUUCCUUCUUCGUAAUGGUAUGCUUUUUGCUGUUGGUGCAAGUUAUGAAGGGCAAAUUCCAGGAUAUUCCACUUCAGCCACCUCAAUCACAAGCGUUGAUUUGACCUCACUCACUAAUGAUGGACAUACUAUUCAAGAAAUUUAUGCUGGACACAAGUUGACAUUCAUUUUAACUCAAAAUGGAACUGUAUAUGGAUGUGGAAUCAAUCAAAAGAAUGAAAUAACAACAGGAACAGCUAACUUCUUAUCAACAUUAACAUUGAUCAACUUGGAUUAUUCAUAUCCCGUUAGGAAGCUUGCAGUUGGUUCACAUGUGAUUGCUUUGAGAACUGAUGGCUCAGUGACCAUGUUUAAAAAUGGUGGACUGAUUCUUAAUAUUCCAGAAAUUGUAGUUGACAUAUUUGCAAGCCAUACUGCUUAUUAUUUCAUUACCAAGUCAGGUAAUGUUUAUGCUAUGGGAGAAAAUGAGUACUAUCAAACUUCUUUAUUGGAAGGAACUUCCUAUGUUAGCUCACCAUCAUUACUCUAUACGAAAUCUCACUUUGAAGGACUCGUGCCCUACAUGAUUGCUCCUGGAAGAUCAUUUGCAUCUGCUUUGGCCAAAUCUGAUUGGUAUUGUGGAGGAAUUGCCUCAACCAAUGCAAGUGUUUGCUCAGGAAAUGGCGUAUGCCAGCAAUCUGGAACAUGUACCUGCAUUACUGGAUAUUAUGGUGACAAUUGUGAAGUUUUCACAUGUAAUGGAACAUUUUCCAAUCAGACAACUGUUUGUGGAGGAAGGGGUAUUUGUAAAUCAAUGAAUAAUUGCCAAUGCAAUACUGGAUAUAAUUCUUAUGGAAGAGAUGUUUUAGAAGGUGAUUUUUGCAUAUUUUUCAAAACCAAGCUUGAGGAAAAGAAGAGAGAAAGUAAAUAA